CUACCCCUGCUGUCCUUGCAGGAGUUUCGUCAAAAAUCACUUGACUGGGAGAAGCAGCGCUUGCUUUACCAGCAGCAGGUGGCAUCGCUGGAAGCACAGAGGAAGGCUUUGGCUGAGCAGUCUGAGCUCAUUCAGACUCAGCUUGCCAAUCGGAAGCAGAUUCUGGAGUCAGUGGAGCUGGCUAGCCGAUCGGAAAUCCAGCACUUAACCAGCAAGCUGGAGAGGGCCAAUGAUGCUAUCUGUGCCAACGAGUUGGAGGUGGAGAGGCUUAACAUGAGAGUCGAUGACCUGACUGAAAACAAUCGGAUGAUUCUGGAAGAUCAGCAAAGAGUUCAAGAAGAAUUAAGGCAGUCCAAGAAAAUGUUAGAGGUGCUACAGGAUGAGAAGAUGGAACUUAGAGCCACCUUGCAGUCUCAGGAAGAUUUCAUUGACAGCUCCAAGCUGCACCAGGAGCAGUUACAGAAAGAGCUGGCCAGGGUGGCUGAAACUCUUCGCACAAAAGAACUCCUCAUCAGGGCCUUGGAGGAACGCUUGCAAGAGAAACAAUUGUCUUCUCCAGGGCUGGAGCUGGAGCAUAUACUACUGCAACUGGAUGUUGCCCAGAAGAAGGCACAGCACUUACAAUCAGAAGUGACUCAUCUUGAGAACAGCCUGGUGUCUUCAAAUGCAAGGUGUGUACAGCUGAGUGAAGAGCUGGAUGAGAAUAUCAAAGAGCUGCAGUCAAUGGAAGAACACCAUACUGUGUCAAAGGCAGAGAUUAAAAAGCUGAAAGAGCAGCUCUCUCAAGCUGAACAAACUCACAGCAGUGAGCUAGAAGGGAUGAAAAGGGAAAUCUCCAGGUUGACACAAGAGUUACACCAGCGGGACAUCACAAUUGCAUCUGCAAGUGGCUCCACAUCAGACCUAGAACAACGGCUGAGAACAGAGAUUGAAAGAGCGGAGAGGAAAGCGGUGGAGCACAGGGUAAUUCUGGUCCAGCUGGAAACCUUGAGGCUGGAAAACCAUCAUCUCUCAGAGAUGCUGGAAAAAACAGAAUGUGGUAUGCUAGAGGGAAAAGAUGUCUCUCUAAGAGCACUCAGUGAAGACUAUGCUGUUGAACUAAAUAAAUUAAAAUCUGAGAACCAGCAAUUGCAGAAGGAUCUAGCAGAGGCCAGAGCAAAACUGGAGCUCACUCGGCGAGUCUGCCAGGAUGAACCUGAGGGCACUGCUCAGCAGAUGCAAGACGGAGAGCCUGGGGCUAGGGAUGUGCAGUACAGGACAACUCGAGAAGCACAGCACAAACAUGAUGAACAAGCAGAGAGAAUACAUCACAAGCCUGAUGGGACUACUCAGCAUCAUCAAGGGGAGCCCCAGAGAUGGGGGGCAGCUGAAACAGGAACUGUGACCCCUGAGGGGGGUGAGCUACCUGCCCAGACCAGCAGGAAGAACUGCAUGGAGUCACUUGCUUUGGGCACCUUGCUGGGAACAGAUUCUUUGCUCUGUGUGCUGGAUGGAAACAAAAAUUUGGCAGAUGAAACAUCUAAGCAGUCCAUCUCAAAUGAUCAGAAAGAAUCUCUGCCUUUGUGCCCCCUGCCUACAGCUUCAGUUGGAUCGAUAGCUGCAAGAUACCUGGAAGAGGAAGAACUGAGAUCCCAGCACGUCCUGGAGUGCCUAAAUGCUCACAUUGAGGAACUGAAAAAAGAGAGUGAAAAGAUAGUGAGACAAUUUGGACACCAGGAGUAA